CAUGUGAGAGUCCACGCUUGGAGAAAGUAGGUUAGCAGGGUAGACUGAGAGGAAAGCAGGCGGAGAAGUCACAGAGGCAAAGGGGGGUCCGAGCACCGCUCCUCCACCGUGGGACUGUUCUGUCAGAGGGGGGAAAAAAAAAUAAGUUGAGCCAAAUCUAUUCGCCAGUGCGCCGAGACAGUUACGAUGCGAAGUAAAGCGACUUCAUACACUCUUUUAUUUUCUCCGGACUUUACCGAGCGAUAAAAAAGAAGAGUUUCGGAUAGCUUUUUGUUUUCCGGCCGUGCUUUGCGAAAGCUGACUGCAGCUGGGACGAAGUUAAUAUUUACAGAGCCAGUUGACUCUGGCUCCAGCGCAAUAUAUCCCCUCUUGCCUGUCACUUACAGUAAACCCAUGUAGUCGAGUCUUCAUCGUUCUUUCCAGAAAUAAGAAAACAGCACAAUGAGAGCUCAGAUCGAGGUCAUCCCCUGUAAGAUCUGUGGGGACAAGUCCUCAGGAAUCCACUAUGGAGUCAUCACCUGUGAAGGCUGCAAGGGUUUCUUUCGUCGCAGCCAGCAGAACAAUGCCAUGUACUCUUGUUCCCGCCAGAGGAACUGUCUGAUUGACCGAACUAACCGUAACCGCUGCCAGCAUUGCCGCCUACAGAAAUGUCUGGCUUUGGGCAUGAGCCGAGACGCGGUGAAGUUUGGCCGCAUGUCAAAAAAGCAGCGCGACAGCCUCUAUGCCGAGGUUCAGAAGCAUCAGAAGUCCCAAGAAUGUGUGGGGUCCGGAAGCGGGGGCUCUGCUACCCUCUCUUUACCAAGGGAAGAUGUAGUCUGUGCGGAGGAUGGUGAAGAGGGUUUGAGCAGGUCCUACAGCAGUGGCGGCUCCAGCUCCACGCUCAGCGACCUUGAUGACAUUGCAGCGCUGCCUGACCUGUUUGACCUGCCGUUGACCCCUGAGGAGGCCAGCGAGUACUGCAGCCUGGAGCUGCUCGGAGGCGGAGGAGCCAGUGCUGGGAACACCUCCAACUCAUCGUCUUCUUCUUCCACUUCCUCAUCUUUGUCCAAUCAGAAUUCCCCACAGCAGACCAUAUUGGAUGGAGCGGACACUAAUGGCAUCCAGCUCCUGCAUGCACACUCUCACACACAUUUGCUGCUGGGAAACACACGUGCACUGCUGGACCAGCUGCCUGAUGACUGCUCACUAACAGACCUUGAGCACAUCACUCAGAGUAUUGUUAAGUCUCACUUGGAAACGUGUCAGUACAGUGCUGAAGAUAUGAAGAGAUUCAACUACGUACAAUAUACACCUGAAGAAACACGUGUGUUUCAGAACAAGUCUGCUGAGUGGAUGUGGCAGCAGUGUGCACACCACAUUACCAAUGCAAUCCAGUAUGUGGUGGAGUUCGCCAAACGUAUUGCAGGCUUUAUGGACCUGUGUCAGAACGAUCAGAUCAUUUUGCUGAAAGCAGGCUGCCUGGAGGUCCUCCUUAUACGUAUGUGCCGGGCGUUCAACAGCAACAACAGCACCAUUUUCUUCAAUGGAAAAUUUGCCUCAGCUCAGUUCUUCAAAGCACUAGGCUGUGAUGAUCUAGUCAGUGCAGUGUUUGACCUGGGAAAAGGAUUCUGCCGUCUACAGCUGUCUGACGAGGAGAUGGCUCUCUUUAGCGCUGCUGUCCUACUAUCACCUGAUCGACCCUGGCUGACAGAAGGCCAAAAGGUUCAGAAACUGCAGGAGAAAGUCUACCUGGCUCUGCAGCACAGUCUCCAAAAGAGUGGGACAUCUGACGAGAAACUGGACAAGAUGUUGUCCAGGCUGCCCGUAAUGAAGUCCAUCUGUAACCUCCACAUUGAUAAACUGGAGUUUUUCCGUUUGGUCCACCCAGAGACUGCCUACAGUUUCCCACCACUGUACCGGGAAGUGUUUGGCAGCGAGAUGUCUCUGCCAGACUCCACCGACAGCUAGACAGGCAGUUAGGCAAACAAGAGCGAUUGAGCGUGUAUUAAGAAGUAGGGAGGCAAAAAAAAAAAAAAAAAAAAAAAGAGACAGAGAAGGAUAAAGAUUUUGAA